AUGACUUUCGAACGACAUUCCAUGUUCCACAAUCCAAAGGCCCAGCAACUCAUACCAUCAAGCAAGACCCUAGACCCAAUCCUCCCAAUAAUGAACUCUAUUGCAAAAGACAACAGUGAAGCGGAGAUCAGCAUUCCCAUGAUCGAUUUCUCGCGGUGGUCGUUAGCAAGCAGUGCCGAAGAACGAGUCUCCGUUGCCCAAGACCUGGUCGCCGCUUGUCACAAUGUCGGAUUCGUAACCCUCAUCAACCACGGCGUGAGUCCCGAACUACUAGACGAGGCUUUCGGAUGGUCGAAGCGAUUGUUCGAUCUGCAGACCGAGGAGAAAAUGCUGGCGCCGCACCCACAUGGUGCAGCUGUUCAUCGGGGCUAUUCUUACCCGGGCUUGGAGAAAGUCUCGCAGGUUAUCAGCUCGGAUCCGGAGGUUGGGGAAGGCUUGAGAGCUGUGAUGGAUUGUAAGGAGAGCUAUGAAAUCGGCAGCGAGGAGAAUGAUGAGCAGCCUAACAUCUGGCUACCUGAAGAAACCCUCCCGGGAAUCCGGGACUUCACUAUGAGGUUCUACUGGGAAUGCUCAAAAGCUUCUCGCGAGAUGCUUGCUGCUAUAGGACGAGGACUGGGCUUGGAAGACCCCGGAUUCUUAUUGAAGUUUCAUUCUGGGCAUAACAACCAACUGCGGCUGCUUCACUAUCCCCCGAUCCCCGCUGCGGAAUUAGAAAAUGGAUCAAGUGCUCGAAUGGAAGCACACUCGGACUGGGGAUCGAUCACGCUGCUUUUCCAGGACGAGUGCGGGGGCUUGGAGGUCGAGAGCCCACACGUACGGGGAAAGUUUAUCAGAGUUACACCGUUGAAAAAUGCGAUGGUGGUGAAUAUCGGGGAUCUGAUGAUGAGAUGGAGUAACGACUACCUGAAAUCAACAUUACAUAGAGUCACUCUCCCGCCUGCGAAUUCGCACGACCGCUUUACAGGUCUAGAGCGGAUGACGAGGGCGAGAUACUCGAUUCCGUAUUUCGUGGGCCCGGAUAGCGAUGCGGUGAUUGCGUGUAUGAGGGAGUGUGCGAGUGCGAGGAAUCCGGUCAAGUAUGAACCGGUGGUGCAGAAGGAAUAUCGGCUCAUGAGGGGGAGGUUGCAAUAUGAGGACAAGGUAGCGUAG